GGCGAAAGGUUUACACAGGAAGUCAGGCCAGUGUGUAUCAUGAGUUAUACAACCGUGGGUUUACUGUGAAGGGAGGGGGUGAAUGUAGCAAGUAUUUCACACAAGAACAAAUUAUAAAAUUUCGGAGAUGGACGAGGGAGGGAAGAUGAAAGAAGCGAUCACCGAGGUGAAGGAAGAUCCACAGGAGUUGAAAGAAAGGAAGGAAGUGGUCCAGGAGGAGAAAGAAGGGAAGGAAGUGGUCCAGGGGGAGAAAGAUGGGAAGGAAGGAGACCUCUCGUGGGUCAACACCUUCGAGGACCUGUUGGAGGUAGUGGGCACCAACGGCCGCUGGAAUAUCCUCAUGUUCAUCAUGUGUGUCACCUCGGUGGCGAUAUCGCCGCUACAAACUUUGUCCUACCAGUUCCUCGGGGCGACACCUGACUACUGGUGCCACAUCGCCCCCCUGGUAGAGGCCAACUGGACGGACCAACAGAUACUCUCCCUCGCCAUUCCUUACAGCAACUCUACGGGGAAGUAUGAAGGAUGCCAGAUGCGCAACUACAACUACACGGCUGCGGCGCUGCUGGGAUACAAAGCCACCAUGAAGGACCCUUCCGUCGUACAGCAUGGGAACACCACCAGCAUCAUCAAAUGCUCAGCCAGAGACUUUAACCACUCCCAGUACUCCUCCACCGUCGUCACUGAGUGGGACCUGGUGUGCGAGCGUCGGGUGCUCUACUCUACCACCCAGGCCGUGAUGGAGGGAGGCAAGAUCGUCGCCUAUCCUAUCUUUGGCUACCUUAUUGAUGCGCUUGGACGUCGUCCAAUAGUGCUGGUGUGUGUGGUUAUCAACAUCCUGGCUGGCUUCUUGGUUGCUGCCUCGCCCACUGUCGAGGUUUAUAUUCUCCUUAAGCUCAUUGUCUCCGCCACUGACGCCGGGACGUAUCUUGGGAUCUUCGUGUUUGUGAUGGAGACGUGCGCUGCCAAAUACCGAGCAGCAGUGGGUUGCCUUGUAGCAAUACCGUGGGCCAUAGGAUACAUGAUAACCCCUGGUAUAGCCUAUCUGGUGCGUCCUUGGAGGUGGCUCCAGUUUGCCUACGCCUUGCCUUCCCUCUACUGCAUCAUCUACUUCUGGCCCGCAAGUCUAGGGAAAGAAGCAGCUCAGCCCAUAUGGCAAGAAAUGAGAAGGGCAGCAAGAAACAACAACCAGGACAGGAGCUGCCAUGCAUAGGACACUGCCUUAUGACGGGAACAUUGAGGACACCUGCUGUCCCCUAGGGACUUGAUCUCA